GAGUAUGCAGCAUCUGUCAGAGUCUGUAUUUGUGGGACUGUGUUACAAAGUGGGGUCCUCAAAGCAGGUGAUCAUGAGGAGAGAGCUGAAGGACUUCCAGGACAUGAUGAUAAAUCAAGUAAAAAAGACAAGAGAAGAAGACAUGGAAAUCACCAGUGGGAGCUACAGAGAAGGAUUCAGGCUACAGGGAUCAGAUGUGGACAUUAUGAUUUGGCCAAUUGACCUCACAGUAAUAUGGGACUUACACCAGGCUCAGAAAUAUGACUUAAGUAGAAAAACAUUGAUUCUCUGUGAUUGUUCUGAUAGCCCACCAGGAUUUGCUUUACUUGAAUUAUUGACACCAACAGACAGGGAAUAUUUACAGAAUGCAAGUAUGAGAAUAAAUGACAGAGUCUAUAUAUCCAGUUCCAAAUACAGACAGAUCACAUGUUCAGUAGCUAUGCGUAAUCCUAAGGAACAUGGUCCGUGUGGUAGUGGUGUUUUUGGGAUAACAGAGUAUGACAUCGCCAAAUGUUUUGUCUGUGAUUUUUGGCCCCCUCCUGCCUCCAAAUGGAUAGACAGAUGUCACGCAUGGCCCCCGUCUUUUAUUGUUGAUGGCAUAGUCAGAAAUGGAUGCCACUUUGUGGCAAUAGGACACAAACUAGGAAAACACGCAGACAAAGAAUGGAGAAUUUCAUUCUCUUUAGCAGAACAAAAACUUGUAUACUCAAUGAACCAUUGCCAAUUCUUAACCUAUGGUCUGCUUAAAUUGUUUUUAAAAGAAUACAUUAACAAUGGAUUAAGUGGUGAGGAUAAAUUACUGUGUUCCUAUCACAUGAAGACAGCAGUUUUCUGGGCAAUUCAACAAAACACAAUACUUCAUUGGUAUCCACAAAAUCUCCUGCAGUGUUUCUGGGUCUGUUUUAAACUUAUCCUUAAAUGGGUGUAUGAGGGGAUAUGUCCAAACUUCUUUAUUCCAGAAAACAACAUGUUUCUGAGUAAUAUCCAUGGUGAAGCACAAAAGAAUUUAUUCAUUAGGCUUCAUGAAUUGUAUGAGAAGGGUAUAGUAUCACUGCUUCAUUGUCCAUCUAUCAGGUCUAGCAUUACAAGUGUCCUUAUAAAUCCCAGACAACCUGUUGAUACAGAUGAACACAUGCUGAUCUCCAAGGCUUUGUUUGCAGUAGAUCUACUUGAGGAAUUGUAUCAUUUUAUUCUACCAACACUAGACCUACACCGAUGUAUGAGGUUUUUAAAUGCUGUAGAAAAGUUGAUAAUUUUACCCCUGACUCAGAACCAGGUUCUCAUGUUACAGAAGCUUACAGCCUCUGUACUCCGGAACACUGCUUUUACGUUAUACGUCAACCUUUUUGCACCAUUCAAGGUAAAUAUUAGCUCAGUUGUAAACAAACAGGUUUAUAUGGCUAAUAAAACAUCCAGUUAUAUGCUGAAAUUAGCAGCCAAGUUUGGAUGUAUUUCUGAUAUAUUAUAUAUUGCAACGUUUUACUACGAGACAUUGAGACAUAAAGAAGCCCUAUCAGUUAUAGAGAUGACAAAGGUCAAGUUAGCACAGCCAUAUGUAAUUUAUGUCUACCGUUUAGCAAUAAAUGCAGAGAGGUACAUAUUUAGCGAGUUUGUAGGGGGACAUUCCUGGUCUACAAGGAUGAGACAUGUUGUGGCAUAUGAUAUUGUUCUUGAAAAUGCAAUCUUUUACAUCAAUGAAUUAGUACCAGAACAACAGUCUGGGUUACAGUGUGGAUACCCUAUAUUACUUAUCCCACUCUAUGUUUUCAUACACAUGUUAGAGAUCUUGUGUUACAGACAUGUAGACCCAAUGAGAGCACAAACAGCUCUUAAUGAACUACAGGACCUAGUCCAUCAUGAUCAGCAGAUGUACAUUGAUGCAUGUCAAAGAGACAUAUCCUGGCAGAUUCUAGGGAUCUGUCAACAGGUGACAGGGAACUAUCAAGCUGCUCUGUACUCCUACCAACAAUCUCUCAAACAAGAAAAAAUACACUAUAUUCAUACCGCUACAGUCAUGAGAAUACAGGAAACCAUGAGACUUAUGUACAGAACACAUGAAUAGUCUACAGUCAAACCUCGUUAUCUCAAACUUGACGGGACAAAAAAAAACUUAAGGAUAUCCGAAGAUUCAAGACA